AUGACCAACCGGCUACUUCAGCGAGAACAAGUGCUCAUUGAUGUCCUUCACCCUGGGAAAGCAACAGUGCCUGAGACAGAAACUGGUGAAAAACUAGCCAAAAUGUACAAGACCGCACCAGAUGUCAUCUUUAGAUUCGGAUUUAGAACCCAUUUUGGUGGUGGCAAGACUACUGGCUUUGGCAGGAAUGACGAUUCUUUGGAUGAUACGGUCCUAAACACAGACUUGCAGGACCGGCUGUGCGAGAAGACAAAGACCUGCAGGAAACAGCGCCAGGAGCACGAGCGCAGAAGGCAGACAGUCAGGAGCCGCACAGGCCCACGGUGGGGCUGGCACAAGGGAAGAACAGAGUCCACAGUGACUUGA